AUGGAAUCGCCAAGUAUCGUUUUAAACAAUUGUGAAAGUUCUUCUGAGUGUUCUGAAAAUGAAAAUAUCGGAUUAAUAAAUAAAAACGAUAAUAACGAAAAGAAAAAAUCAUUUUUCGAUAGUAUUUAUAAUAAUAAUUCAUCUUUUUUAAAAUGUUUGAGUUUAAAUUAUAAUGACGAGGUUAACGAAGAUUAUGCAGAAGAUAAUUUAGAUGUAUUAUUAUCUGUUUUUUGGAAACGAGGCAAAUUGGGAGCUGCUUAUUACACACAUGCAGAUGCGGAGAUACACUUACUCAAUGAUAUCGUUGAUGUUCAUCCGGAUUUUAUUAAUUUAAAAACGUUAAUUUCUCAAGUAAAUCCAAGUAUAAUUAUUACCUGCGGUGGAGCGUCAGAAUCCUUCACGGAAUGUCUUAAUAAUAUUGCAAAUAAAAAUUCAGAAUCAGAAAAUGGAAUCGAAGAAUGGAAAAAAAUUUUUUUUAUGUCUAACAGAAAUAAAGAUUUGAGUUACGAAUCUUGCAAAAGAUACAUUUCAGGUUUAAAAUUUGGAUUUGAACCUUCUAACCUUGGAGAAGAAGAUCAUAUUUUAUUCAUUCAAUCACAUAUUGAUUUAAAUCAGGAAGCCAUGAUUAUAAGUAUGGGAAUAUUGAUAAAAUAUUUGGAAAAAUAUUUACCGGAAAUUAAUUUAACUCACGAUUCAUUUCAAAUUGCAUAUGUCAGUUAUAUAACAUUAAAUACAAGAGUAUUUAUUGAUGAGCAUACAUAUAGAGCUCUACAAAUUUUCAACCCCUCAGUUCAUCCUUCAGCUUUUAAAAGGAACACCGUGGGAGGAUAUGGUAGGGAAGAUUUUAGUUUAUUCGGAUUAUUUAACAGAUGCAAAACAAAAGCCGGAGGUAAAAAAAUGAGAGAAAUUUUUAUGAACCCGAGUAAAAAUAUCGAAGAGCUUAACGAACGUUUAGAUGCGGUUGAGUUUUGCUUUAAGUCAAAGCAUCAACAUAUUGUUCAAAAUAUAAUUAAUCACAUGAAAAAGGUUGAAAAUAUUUCAAUAAUUUUAGCAAAUAUGUGUAGAACUCGAAUGAACAUAAAUCAAUGGAGAUCACUUUAUACUUCUUUAUAUAAUGCAAUAUUGGUUGGAGAAAUAUGUGAAAAAUUUACUUCUCAUUCAAAACUUUUAGAAAAAGUGGCAAAAAGUGUUACUUCCAAUAUUCACGAAGUAAUUCAUUACAUGAGUCAAGUUAUAGAUUUUGAAGAAAGUAUUUUAAAAAAUCAUUUUACCGUUCGUAGAGGAAUUGACAAUAAACUUGAUUUACUAAAACAAACUUAUGCGGAAAUUCCUGAUGUUUUGGUUAAGGUUGCUGAAAUGGAACUUGAAAACCUACCCACCAUCAUAAAUCAAUGUUCUAUUAUCUAUAUAACUGAAUUAGGAUAUCUUCUAUCUGUACCUGUGUGGAAAGGUGAUGGUUGUGACGUAUCAGAAUACACACUUCCAAACUGUGAUGUUAAAUUUAUUGUUAAUAAUUAUGUUCAUUAUAAAACUCCACACUGUGUAGAACUGGACAACGUUUUAGGUGAUACCGUAGCAUCCAUUUCCGAUUUAGAGUCAAAAAUUAUGAUUACUUUAAUUCAAUUAAUUCAAUCAAAAACUUCCGAUAUAUUAAUUUUGUUGAAGUACAUUUCAGAGCUUGAUUGUGUCAUUGCAUUUGCCACCAUAGCAUUGGAAAAUAAUUAUCACAGACCAGAAUUGACAUUAGAUAGAAAAUUAAAAAUUAUCAACGGAAGACAUCCUUUGCAAGAAAUAUGUGUUGAUAAUUUUGUACCUAACGAUCUUUCAUUUGAUACCGAAAAUAAAUUUAUUAAAAUUUUAACAGGUCCAAAUGCCAGUGGUAAAAGCGUUUAUUUAAAACAAACAGCAUUAAUAACAUUUUUGGCACAUAUCGGAAGUUUUGUACCUGCUCAGAGUGCUCAAAUUUGUAUUUUUGAUUACAUACAUUCUCGCAUUCAAACCCUAGAAAGUAUAUCGACUAGAAUGUCAGGAUUUUUGGUAGAUUUAAAACAGAUGACGUAUUCCAUAUACAACUCAACGCCAAAAUCAUUGAUCGUUAUUGACGAAUUUGGAAAAGGUACAACCGAAAUUGAUGGUUUGUCAUUGCUUGCAGCAAGUUUGAUUCAUUUUUUAGAAAGAGAAAGCAAGUGUCCAUAUAUUUUAGUUAGUACGCAUUUUCACAGUUUACCAAAAUUGUUGCCACCGAGUCCUCUAGUAGAUUUACAGUGUAUGGAUUAUUUAAUUGAAAACGAAGAAAUUAUUUAUUUAUACAAAGUUAAAAAUGGAGUUUCCGGUUUAAGUUUGACAUUAUUAGCCGCAAAAACUGCCGGAUUAUCAGAUGAUGCUUUAAGACGAAGUAUAGAGGUAAGAAAAUUUACAAUAAAAAAUUGUUAA